CUAGAAAUGGCGGUCAGCGCUUCGUAAAUUUCGUAAUUAACUUUUGCGUUUUUUGUUAAUUUAUGUGGAAAAAUGCAUAUAAAACAGGUAAUUAUUCAGGGUUUCAAGAGUUACCGCGAGCAAAUAGUCGUUGAACCAUUCGACAAAAGACAUAAUGUAGUCGUUGGGAGAAAUGGAUCAGGAAAAAGUAACUUUUUCCACGCCAUUCAAUUUGUAUUGAGUGAUGAAUUCUCUCAUCUCAGACCUGAACAGAGGCUGGCGCUUCUUCACGAAGGCACUGGACCAAGAGUUAUAUCAGCGUUUGUUGAAAUCAUUUUUGACAAUUCUGACAACAGGAUUCCAAUUGAAAAAGAUGAAAUCUUCCUCCGUCGUGUCAUCGGUUCGAAAAAGGAUCAGUUCUUCCUCAACAAAAAAGUGGUACCGCGGUCCGAAGUGCUCAACUUAUUGGAGAGUGCUGGUCUUUCUAACUCCAACCCUUACUACAUCGUCAAACAGGGAAAAAUCAAUCAGAUGGCUGUUGCACCAGACUCGCACAGGUUGAAGCUACUCAGAGAAGUGGCGGGGACAAGGGUUUAUGAUGAACGUAGGGAGGAGUCCGUUACUAUCCUGAAAGAGACUGUUGGGAAGGUCGAGAAGAUCAAUGAGUUCCUGCAAACCAUCGAGGAGAGAUUGAAGACCCUCGAGGAAGAGAAAGAGGAGCUGAAGGAAUACCAGAAGUGGGACCGCGCCCGAAGAGUGCUCGAGUUCAUCAUACAUGACACCGAACAUAGGGAGAAUAAGAGAAAACUGGAGGAGUUGGAAAAAAUGCGUUCAAACAGUGGCAAAGAACAACAGCAUUACGCCGAUCAAGUGCGGGAGGCGCAAGAACAUGUUAGAGAGGCUAACAGAAAACUAAAAGAAGCCCGCAAGGAUGUGGCGGCGGCGCGCGAAGAAAAAGACAUUCUGUCCACAGAGCAGCAACAACUGGUCCGCGAGAAGACCAAGCUCGAGCUCGGCAUCAAGGACUUGACUGAUGACGUCGACGGCGACAAUAAAUCCAAGUGUGUCACACCAAAUUCCAACCGCUCCGCGCCGCGCCGCACUGCAACUACCGAACGACAAACCAGGCGGCGGCGCGGGAUCGGGACAGUAGCAGCAUUAGAUAAAUAUACUGUGGUAACAGCACAGUAG